GGGCUCGCCCUGGGAGGAGAGGUGCGGAGCGAAUGCGCUGUCCCGCCCCCACAACACAGACGCUUUAAACAGGAGGGAGGCAGAACAGCGGGCCACUUCCCUGCGUCUGUGUUCCCUGUGUGUAAACCGGCUGAUAACUCGCGUCUUUGGAGUAGAUCUGCACUGGCAACAACCUUAGCCCAGGAAUCGCUUUUUAUUAGAAGUUACCUUCCAACCUGUCAACCGCCUGGUUCCUGUUUAAAGACCCAAUCACACGAUCCCCUUCCAGGUCAGCUGACAGGAAGAGUCUCCGUUCUGCCAAGUCGUCUUCGUCCUCCCAACUCCAGAAAUCAUAGCCAGGGGUCCAGCGCUGCAGCCCAGGUUUUCCCCCCAGGAUUCUCCACUUCAACGUUCCCUGCAGGGUUAUCCAGGUUCCCCCCAGCUCUCCCCAGCCAUGGUUCUGUGCGAGGACGGGGAUUGCGGCGUGUGCCUGGAGCGUUUCUCCCGUCAGGAGCGCAUUCCCAGGGUGCUCCACUGCAGACACACGUUCUGCGCAGCAUGCCUGGAGACCCUGUCUCAGGCCAAGAGCGGCAUGGUGACGGUGGUCUGCCCUCUGUGCCGACAGAUGACCUGCGUGGGCCGAGGACGCACCCUUAGCGAGGCCCUCUGGGUCGACAGCAGACUGUGGGAGCAGAUACCAGAGAAGCCAGAGGAAGAGGAGCCCUUCCUCAAAGCACUCCAGGACCAAGCUCAAGUUCCCAGGCUUCCUGAGGACGUUUAGUCUGAGCAGGCAGCCUCAGGAGAGGAUUGUGCCCGGGAGCAACGUGGAGAUGAAAUCUUGGAGGAGGCUUUCAACGGAAGACACUUUCUAGAAAGGAAACCGACAGCAGCGGAGUUCAUCGUUAUGCUUACACCCCCGCACACGCCCUUCCGGAGGAGAGCCCUUUUCUGGUGUUGUCUUCCUGGUGAAACUCAGUCAGCCAUGACCCUGGACAGCUCUGAGAACCAGGAGGACAGGGCAGCCCUCUUUGGGAGUCUGGGCCAGCGGCAGCAUUGUCAGCAGGCAGUGAAACCAGCCCAGUCACCCUGGUUCUCCAGAAGAUAUUUCAACCUUAAUUCCUUGCAGCUGGUACUCUGGGAUUUGGUUCAGCUGUCCCAAUAGAGCAGUGCCACAGAAGACUGGGCCCUCCCACCAAACAGAUGGUCUUCUAAGGAUGUCUCCCUCCAUCCCCAUCCUCCAUCCCUCCCCACAACCUCAAGCAUUUGAAAAACGGCUAUUUAAUUUAUUGACAACUUUGUAUUUAUGCCCACUGUAUUUGAGCCCACGUUUAUUAUUGAUUAAAACAUUUAUUGAAAGAAUUCAA